CUGGCUACUGGAGCGGAGGGAGUUUCGAAAUAUUUCAUGAUUAGCUGCGGUAAAACAUGUAAUACUGUAGUUAUAUUAACAUUUACACGACCAAAAAAUGUGAGCCCUUCAACAUUUGACUAUAACCAAUGUAGUGUGAGUGCUCAGUGAGAUCCUGCAAACCCUCCCAAAACCAAGAGUAGGCACCGAUGCUGUCUUUUAAACAUGGAGCUAAAGCUGGAGGUUGUUUUGUCAUCCAGCAUCAAACGGAAGAAACCAUGGCCGCGAUUCUGUUGGCUUGGCAAGGAGAAGGAGUCUGUGUUCCUGUUAGAUGACAAACGGAUCAGUGAGAUCAACAUGGUGUCUGGACGCACCAAGAAGAGGACUCCUAAACUCCAUCCUUUGCUCAACAGUGUGGUGACAAUGGCUUCAUCCCACAAUGGUAUGUGGCUAUGUGGACUUCUGGUGUCAGGAGAGCUGUUUCUGUGGAACAGGGAUAAAGACUUGUUGAAGACUGCUGCAGCGGUCCCAGAAGUAGCUCAGAUGACCAAUGCUGUUCAAGGGAAUGCCACAAGACUGUCACUCCAAGUUUCAGGGGAUGGAAAGCGUGUACUGGUGGUAGCCAUAACAGGGCAAGUGUUCCUGUGGGAGUGUAUGGAUGUCAGGGAUUUGACGGGGGUACGAGAUGGCACGGUCAAGGGACACUGGGCACAUAUACAACCCCUUGAAGACUCCAUUCUGCCUUCCUCGCAAGACAAAGAAGCAUCCCAACACACCAUCUUCAUCAAGACAGAGGUUAUGGGUGAUGCCUGCUUAUCAGCCUUUGUUUUCACAUCUGGGAAGAAGCUAGUUCUCACCUGCCUGAAAAUUCAAUGGGAAGAAGGCCACAUGAGAGCGGGCUCUGUGGGAUACAGCAUACAGUGGGCCACCAAGACAUACCCCAUGUCUCGUCUCACCCCGCCCUGCCAACCAGUGAAGUCCAGAGGGGCCUUGGUGCCAGCUUUCUCCCCAGAUGGCCGACUGUUAGCCAUAGUCCUGAACCAGAGACAGCCAAAGGCCACACAGGUCCUCUUUGUGAGCACACAGAAUUUUGUCUCAAUAUCAAGUGGCCUUGGAGGAUGUGGAAGCAAGAAAAUGGACAUCCCCUCUAAAUACAUAAGGUCCUACUGGGUGGGCAGUGUGAGCUGGUCACCAGGCGGUCUGUUCCUGGCCUGUGUUCUUAAGAGAGGCUCCCUUCUUAUCUUGGCUCGCCUUGGGAGGCUCCUCACUCUAACAAGCUGUGGUUGCAGUGUUGACUUUGGGCCUGCACACUUCCUACCCCUGCACCCUCUCGUCACUUACCGGGCACCAAUGUCUGCAGGGAAAGCAGAUCCCUCUCUGUCCAGCUCUAGCUUGUCUGUGCGGGAUGUCCUGAGACAGCGGUAUUCCGUGACCUGGCAUCCACGGCUAAUGUACCUCAUUGUGUCUGAUGGCUACAUGGCCACAGUUAUGAGGGUGCAAGAUAGGCCUUCUCCUGCCCUGUUGCUGAAAACACUUCUAAAGGACGCAAGCAAGGACCUUGAGAAGGCCAGUCGGAUACUGGAUAAAUCACAGAUACAUGCGAGGGCAUGGUUGGAGUCCUUGUCUUGCCUGAAUCUUGACAGCAUCCUUGUCACAUGUGGGCCCAACACCGCAGACUCUGUCAUUUCAGCAGCUACAGAUGGAUCCACUUUGCCACCUUUCCUGCAGGAUCAGGGGACAUUGGGUGGUACCAAGGAGCUUCUUGAAAAAGUACAGACUUUCUUUGAGGAUGACUCAGAUGUAGACGGACCUCCUGCUGGUUCUCACAUGGAGGAUGGCGGACGUCUAGAGUUUGCCUCAAUGUUUGACACGCUCCACGCCCUGGACACAAGGACCGACACUAGCCCAGAUUUUGAUAGGGACUUUUGUGAUACAGAGAGGAAGACACCUCGUCUUUAUCGUGAACUUGGAAAAAUCCAGACUAAGCUGUUAACAGCUUGGGCGUUUGGCAUGUCUCUCGGAAACGCUGUGGAAAACAGAACUCGUCUGCUACAGCACACCCUCUACUGUGUGGUGCGACUUGCUGCUCUACUCCAUCUGAUCCCCAGCUCCGAGAACACAGGGAAGACAAAUAUCUCGGUUUCUCCUUGCCUGCUGCACCUUCUUAAAGCCCUUCUGUCUUUUCUUCCCUUGGAUAGCAAUCACUCAGAUGGGCCAUGUUGCCUGGGGCUGGUGGUGGAGCUCAGUAAACGGCUGAUUCGCCUCCUGCUGACCCCUCACCCUGAGUCCCACCAGACUGGUCACUGUCAGUUAUCUUCUCAUAGUCUUUCGUCCGUCUUGCAUGUCUUGGAGCUGGUCUCUGAUUGUCUUGAUCACACCUACAGCCUGCAGCAAAAAACUGUCUGGUCCUCUGCAGAGAAGGAGUCACAUCUCUGGUCUUCCGAUGCACACUGUGUGCCUCUGUUACAGCAUGAGAAGGAACAGAAGUCCAGUUUUGUACGUCAGGCACAAUCUGUUCCCCAGCGACCGUCUAGCAGAUUGUUUGGAGUGUGGCAGUGGGUUUACAAGAUCACCCUGCAGUAUAUGGAGGAACUGAAAAGCUUUCAAGGCUGUGAUGGCUGGGAGGAGGAACAGCAGCAGUUGUCCGUCAUCAUGUCCCAGAUCCAAACAGCUUUGCAGGCUACAGGAGAAAGGCUAGAGGAGGGUCCUGCACUGCUGAGUUACCCAGGUGAACACCUUUUCCUGUUUGGCUCGUACCCUAAAAGUGCUGAUACAUGGCGGUCACAAAUUUGUGAGGAGAGUAACAAAAGCUCUGAUCGUGCCGUUUUCAAGGAGACACGGCUUUGUCUGGCACUCCUAUACAGUCUGUUAUCCCAGUACAGUCUGAGAGAAGCUCAGGAGUUAGGGGACCACAUGGCCCGUCUCAUCCUGCACAGGGCCGGACACCAGAAAGACAACAUGACAGCAGACUCUCUUCCCUGCCCGUGGCUGCCGAUGGACCUUCACAGUGACACAGCUUGUGCUGUGGUUCAGACCCUGGGGAGAUUCAUGGCCUCUUACUUUACCAACCAACCCCUCUACAUCCUGCCCCCUCACCAUGUUACCGUCUUGCCUCCACUACAUCUACCUCAUGCCCCCAGUGUUGGGCGCUUGGUGCCACUGUGUCAGGAGGAGGUGGCUAGGGCAGUGCGACAGCAGCAGCUGUCAGAAGUAUGGACAGUGGACUACGCCCAGGACCUGCUCCUGCUCGGGGGUCUGCUUCCUGAGACUGUGUGGUUGGCUUAUCAUCUUGGGGACUGGAAGACAGCAGCCUCUCUGAGCUUGGCGUAUACAAAUUACUGCGCCGACCACUUCGACUUCACUCAGCUCAGGAGGAGAGAGCUCCACCUCCCAACAGCUUUAGAACCAGACAGCAUUUUUCAGGCUGAGUUGGAGUGUCUUCUUGGCAAUAAGUCUGACUCCCAAGAGCACAGAGAUGAAGAUGGUGACAAGAGCUUUACAGACCCUUUGGAAGGAGAAGACUGGGAUUUGUUACAGGUUUCCAUACAGGAGAUUCUGAAGGCUUCAGUCAUGGCUGGAGUGAAUGUUAUGUCAUCACCCUUGUCUUCCUUGCUGGACACAGCCAAAGACCUGUGUUCUUGUCUGCCUGCCUUGGUGCCCAAUGGACUGUAUCUGCCCUCGCCACCUCUUUAUUGCCCUCAGCCUUCCCCCAACACACAGGACCCAGUAGGGACAAUGGGGCAGUUUGCAGAGGUUGCAUCACGUCACAAAGUGUCUGGAGUUCUUCAGAGAUUACUGUUACUUCUGAGAUCUGCACAUUGUUGCCAUCCUGCUGCUCAGUGGUACAUCAGUAAUCUGCGUCGUGCCAGACACGUACUAUACAAGAUCAAGAAGAAGUACUCCUAUCCAUCAGCCACUGAAGAAGAAAAGGCUUUCCCAGAGGGCCUGAUGAAGUUCGUCACCCGCAGCGGAUUCUUCAGACGGGGGCCUAACAAAGACGGUCACCUGGACCCUGACACCAUUCAAACUAUAAUCUGUUUCAGGGAGCUGUGUGGUUUAUGCUGGAUGCUUCAUGUCAGGGACCAGCUCUCCAUUUCCUGCAGGAAGUAUCAGGCAGCCAGACAGCAUGGUGGAGAUGAGCAGAUCCCUGGUGGUUCAGAAGUGAGAGCUACCUGUGUUGAUGCUCUCCGCUGGGCCUGUCGCUUCCUGCCUUUCUCUUGCUUUCUCAACGCUGAGGAGAUCCUCCAGGACAUACUGCUCAGCCUUGUGUCUGAACUUCCUCCCCUCUCUCUGGUGGCAGAUGCAUUGGUACGUGCCUUCCCAGAGGAGGAAGAGUCUGUAAGAGUCGCUCUGAGAGAAAAGUAUAACUCACUGCUGCAGAGACUGAGGCGAUGCAAUGUCCUUGAGGGCGAAAAAGAGGAGGUGAACGAGUUGAUGAUGAUCGUCAUUCAAGACAAAUUCAGGCAGAGGAGAAAACAUCUUGGGCGUUUGACGAGGCAUCUGGCACCCCCUGAACUCCAUUUGUGGGAGAAGGAGGAGGAACAGGAAGACAGGGGAAGCAAACACGGGAUGGCUGUGUGGAAGCAAUUCUCACUGGGUACAAGUCUGAGCACCAGCACCUUAACUGACUUUGGGUUCCCCCCAGUUUACAGCGAUGGAGACACAGUGGAUAAUACAUCUGAGGCCGUCUCUCCUGAAAUGCACAGCAGAGCCACAACAAGCAGGGGCAAAAAAGCAAAAACAGCAAGAGACAGAGAACAUGCGAAGAAGACUGCUGUUAAGAUUGAAAGUGUCAUCAAGGAGGAGAGUCACCCAGACGACGCCGAGGAGAAUGAGCAGCCCUCCUUACCAGUGGUUGGCACCUGGGAGUUUGAGCUGGAAGAUGAUGAGUAUCUAAAUUUCCUGGAGCUCUUCCUCAGCUAUGUGCUAGAGAAGGACAGUGCAGAUGGAGGGGAUUCAGGCAAUGAACUUCCUCUGUUGAGGGGCUUCUCCUGCCAGCUGAGAGAGAGAGAGUUGCAUUCUCUCACCUUUGAUGUGCUCACAACCAUUCAUCGCCGCCAAAGAGAUGCGCACCAUCCAGCCAGAAAACACGUGGGCAAUGAUCCUCCAGUGUUCAGAGCCGGCUACUGCUACAAGCCUGUCAAACAAGGUGCAGCAACUGAUAUGCAAACGUCCUCCAUCUGGAGUGAAGCACCCAUAUCCAGAGCUAGCCUCUCUGUCAGUUCUCUUCCUGGGCUAAGCACAGGCAGGCAUAAAGGUUUGUUUGGGCUCCGACAGCAAAGCAGUGUGCAUUCAGGCCAAAGACUGAAGGGGGGACACUAUGGAUCUGAUACUAGUCCUAUUCGAAGUGCCAUUACCACAGGGCAGCAAUCAGAGAGCUUGAAACUUGGCUCCUCAACUUCUGUUGAAGCCGUGAUUGAACUUCAGCAGGGCCUAGACCCUAAACUAGAGGCUCAGUUUCCAAAACUUGGCAGGCUGCUGGAGUGGAUGGUCCGCUGGGCUGAUAGGAGGGUGCUGCUAGGACAUCAUGGCAAAAAGAAGAAAGAGAAGGGAGGAGGAGUUGGAGGCACAGCUGAUGAAGGAGUGGUGAUCCGUGUCAAAGCCUCUGCGCCUGCUGUCCUCACUUCCCUCAGCUUGCUGAAGCGUAAGUACACUGCUCUCCUCAGGACAGACCGCUACAGUGCUCACAUCCAAGUUCCAGAAACACAGUGGACUGUAGCUCCCAUGCUGCGCCCUGAGGUGGAUAGGAAACUGGAGAGAGAGAGCAGUGUCGAUACAGGCUACCCUGGAUCAGCCAACACUCCCAUCAUUGGUCUUGAUCAGAAUCUACAACAAGAACUGUCCAUUGGUUCUUCUACAGAUGAACCAGAGGAACUGACAUUUCACAGGACACCUCUCCCUAACGACCAGGAUCAGCUGACCUUUGAUGCUCAGCAGAGACAGUCCAGUUCACAACAACCAUCUCUUGAUGACUUGGAUGUUACACCUGAAAAAGAAGGCAAAAGUAGUGAGAGUGAUGGCUUGGAAGUGUCGUCCUCUGUUUCCAAUGGGAACAUCUCUGGAAACAUCUGCACACCUGAAACGAGUUUAAAGCUCGCAGACCUGGACCUCUCAGAAAGUGCUGAAGACGUGUCCAGUUCCAGCUCUCUCCACAGUGAUUCUAAAAGCCUACAAGCCCCCCUGCACUCAGAGCCCCAAGCUCUUCCUACUGUACAGCCUGAGGCACAGGUCCAUGCGGAGCCUUCUGGUUCCACUGGAGUGCUGCUCCCCGACACACCUGUGGAUCCUCCAAGUGCUCAGCCACAAAGCUCCACAUCUGGUGCCCCCCCUGCGGAUUCCACAGCCCCUAAUCAGCCAUUAUCUGCUCAGACUCCACUAGUGCAACAGCGUCUGGGUGAAGACUUAUUCAGAUUGGUUCAGAAUAUCAACUACAUGAGCCUGAUGGAGGUUUUGGGAGCUUCAUUUUCUAACCUUCAACUUGCCCAGCAGAGCUCUUCCAUGGCUCAGUCUAACAUCAGCACCUCACAACCUCAUGUGCCAUCAUCUUACGUGACUAAUUUCAUCCCUCAACCAAAUGCCAACAUGCCAGUGCUAUCUCAGACACAAGCAUUCGUGCCAAGUUCAAGAUCCAACAACCUUCAGCCCCAUCAGGUCCCUGCGUGUAUGUUUACAGACCAGACCGCCAUCCAGAGCUCAGGGAAAACCUCCCCAACAGGUGUCCAGCAUCACACCACGUCCACUGCUAAUAGUGCAGGUGAAAUGCAGCCACUUUCUGUCCAGGCGGUGUCACCAGAAAUCCAGUUUAUGGAGAGCAGGAGGUUGAUCCCACCUUCACAGGGGCUUCUGGCCACUACUGACACCAGCCACGCUAUUCACAGUGCCCCCGUAUUACUGCCCUCUAAUGACAGCAUACAAAGGGACUCUGCUCCCCAGGUCUUCGGCUUGAAGUUACUUCAGCUCCGCCGUCCUCCAUUGCCCCAGCAGAGUGCGCCACACCAUCCCCAAGGCCCCCAGGUGCUUCAAAAGACAAACCCUGCAACUGUGGAAUCCCAUCAGUAUAAGCUAAAACACAACCAAACUGUCUCAGUGCUAAAAAGACAACUCAGUUUUAAUACAACUCCGAUGAACUCUCAACCCAAGAGUCAGAUUUCAGACAGGUCCGGGGGGCGAAGCUUCACCCUACUUCCUCCUGCUCAUACACCUGCACCAAUGGAGGGCCUUCGUCUGCUGCGCUUCGAGCCUGCUCCACAAAGCAACACCACGUUCCCCAAACUACCCAUAGCACCUUCCUUCAGGCCCUCUUCUGUCAUUGCAGCUCCGAGGGGAGAAGCACCUAUGAUCAAGCUUCUGCAUAUAGAACCUGGACCACAAAUGAUGUUACCCGAGGCAGCUCCUUCAAGCCAAAUGGCCCGUCUCAUGUCCAUGGAGGAGUUGACAAGUUCAGUGAUGGGGAGGCAGAAUACUGAAGAGGCUCGACUGCGGCUGCUCAGAGUGGACCCACCUAUUGAAAGCACUAGAAGAGCUACCACUCCCCCCACCUUAAACUCCAGCAAGAGACGGAAGAGGAGAGAGGAGAAGGCAGAGAGGGGAAGAAAAGCAGAGGUCACAUUCAGACCAGAUGAGUCUAUUAUCCCUACACAAGAGCCAACAAAUGAGCCUGUAAACGAGGAACCUGCAGCUGCAGAGGAGAUCACCCCUGAGCAGGAUGUUCCCAAUUUUGCUCAAUUUGGGUCCUUUGAUUCUCUGCUGACUGGUCAGAGAUUAUUGGACAGGGCCGUGUCCACGUCAGCUGAGCUCCAUGCCUUUGCUUCCACACAUAAAAGACCCCCAGAGUGCCAAGAUGCUUUCACUAACACAGACCCAGCUUGUCCUCCCGCACUCGUGGAUAAAGCUGUGUCUGCCUCCGUGCCUGCUAGUAGCCCUAAAUCACAAAGCUCAGAGAAUCUGCAGUUUUUCAAAGAGCGCCUUGUUCAAGACAAAGAGGAAACGCCACAGGGGCCGGGGCAGAAUCUGGGUCCUGGUGGCCGCCAGUUCAUAAGUGUCUUGGAUCUAGAAGACAAAGCCCUGCAUCAGGACUUGCCUCACUGUCUGAGCCCAGAAGCACAAGAUGUACCUCCCCUUCGCCAUCCUUCACCUACCUCUGCUCAGCUUCAUGUACUUGCGACGUCAGUUAUCAGGAGUGCUUCUGCUGCUGCUGAUCCACAACCAGCAGUCACAGUUCCAGGGGACUUCCACUGGAGACCACACACAGAUAUCCCAGAGGAGCCAGCCAGCCACAUUCAGCCUAACAGGGAUCCACAGAGAAUCACUACACAAGAUGUGGUAGAUGAACCUGACUCUGAAAUCUGUCAAGCCAUAAAAACCCAGAGCACUCAACCUCACAGUGCCUCAUCCACACCGCCUACAGUUUGGUUCUCCUCCCGCCUUUCAGAGCUGGACGCUCAGCUGACUGCUCUACAGAACAUUGCAGACUAUCUGGAAAUGGACUUUACCAACUCCAGGAUGCUGGUGAACACUAUUGAAAAGCUGACACCAGUCUUGGCUCCUGAUGUGAGGAAAAAAACUGUCAGACUGUCUGUUCCACAGGAAGCAUGGUUACCACAACUGAACCCUUCAGCUCACCUGGAUACCUGUGAGGAGGAGGAGGAGGAGGAGGAGGAAAAUCAGGAAGAAGAAUAUGAGGUUCAUAACGACUCCUGGGCUCACGAAAGGAGGCCUGGUCACCAUGCUAUUCCUUCCUACCUUCACACUCCUCAGAAAAUGAAAGAUCAGCUGAUUGAAGCAUCUGGAAUAUCUCCUGAACGUGCAGAUGAGAAUCUGUGUCAGACUGGGUUAUCCGAUACAGCCGAAAUCCUAGACGAGUUGGUGAGGGAAGGCUAUUUAUCCCCGACUGACCUGGAUUUGUCCAAUUCACAGACUGCACCACAUAGCAGCAGGCUGGAGCAGCAGCAGAGUAGCUGGAUGUCGCAGAAACGUGCUCCUCCAGAGGAGGAGAGGAGAGAGCUGAGGAUCUGGAUGAGAAGGAAACAGAGGGAAAGACUGGCUGUUUAUCAGAAACACAGAGAGAGCCUGAGGGAGAGGGAACACAAACCUUUUUCUACCUCUGGAAAAGUGAAACCAACAACCAAGAAUCGAGCAACCAUUUGGAGAACCAGGGAGGAAAAAGAAAAGUUCAUGCUUCUGGAGCAAUACAACCAGAGGACCCGUGAGGCCUGUUCUUUGGCCAGUGAGUUUCUCACCAAUCCUCCAACCCUGCUCAUUUCUUCAAAGACUGAAGUUUCACCUGCACUCUUAACUACACGACCCAACUCUGCUCCACCCUCUGGCAGCACUCACAGUGUAUCUGCUAAUGAUAAAAGAAGUCUUAAGUCAGGACAAGCUCAACCUCACCUUCGUCCAUGGACUGCUGAGACACAGGGACUGCUUUCAGAGGAUUACCGCAGGAGACUGGGACUACAUAGACCAGUUACGUCUCUGCCAAGGGACCGACUGUCUCAGCUUACCAGACGUGGCAUGCUCACACACACAAAGAGCCACACUAAACAGCAAACAGCCAGCCAGAGUGAGGAAAGGCGUGUCGGACACCAGAGAAAGACAGGGCCGAACAGAGGUCUUUCACCAGGGACUACUGCAGGGAGAGGGAUCCUGAGGGACCAGACAAGGAUGGAAGAGAGGGAAGAGGGGAACCUUUGGGAGCCCACCUCGGAAUUGAAUAGGCUGCUGGGCCCAGAGGAGUCAGAGUCGAACAUAGUUUUGGCUGGACUGCUGAAUGAGCAAGAUGAUGGUGCCACAGCUGGUGUGUCAGCGAUGGACUGGCUGGACAAUCUUUCCGACACCGCCAGCAGCAACCUCAGUAAAAUAGACUGGGCGGCUAUCGAGAGGAUGGUGGCUGCAGAGGACGACUGAGCUGAGCCUCUCAAGGAAAGGAAGAACAGUGCUACGUUGUCACUUAAGUGGAUGUUAUAUUACUGAGAAAAACGCUUCUUAUAUUUUAUGUGCCUAUAAAUGUAUUGUAAUUAUAAUACACUGAAGCAUUUUUAGUGCUUAGAAUCUAGACAUGUUUAUUGAAUUUGAUAUGGUCAGUGAUGGCAUUAAAUAUGUAAGGACAGAUUUUUUUAUUGGUAAAGUAGGCCUACAAUAAAUUACAUGUGAUGUAAUCACUUUAUAUUUAAUUUGUAAAACAAUAUCUGUUGCACUGACAUCAGCAAUGAUGUCCUCUUGGAAUUUAGGUUUAGCCAUUUGUGCAUAAAGUUUUCUACAUUUGUAAUUUAUUUUUGUACAGAUUUGACAGUUCCAACUAUUAAAUAUGUGGAUCUAAGCGUU